CUAAAUAUAUUUUUGGAUGGUACGAAGAUGCUGCCUCUGUCACAUCCUACUUGACAUUGAGAAUAUCACAAUCAAAGUGCAAGCAAACUUUGACUCAUUCCUUAGGAACAAUAUAAAACCAUGGACCAAAGUCUUGUAACCUUCACUAGCAGCCCUAUGAUAUGCUCUAUAUAACAUUGUUUUUGACGGGUAUAUUUGGCUUAGAGCAUUACUAAAAUGGUCUGAGCCGGCUUGGUUGGGAAUUCCAGAAAUCUAUAUAACCUAACCUACAUCUGUUUUAUAUCUACAUUCAAUCACACAGCCAGCAGAAGAAGGAUGAUCAAGCUUCAUUUCUGUGUCCUCCUUGUUGGAUUAAUAUUUGCGCUCAUCUUCCUACGAUUUUCGGAUGGGAAGGUCAUGAUGGAGUAUAUCGGAGCUACAGGGGUUCCAGUGACAUUUGAUGAUGUUCCAAUAGAAAAAGACAUCGAGUUCCAUUUUAUACUUGGCUUUGCCAUUGAUGCAGACGAAUCAGGUAACGCUCAAAAUGGCAUAUUCUCACCAUACUGGGCUUCCACCUUAACCCCCGACUCCGUAGCAGACAUCAAGGCACAACACCCAAAUGUAAAAGCCUUAGCUAGCCUGUCCGGAUGGAGCCUCGGGGAAAAAAUCCUCCGCUGGUAUGAUCCAAAGGACCCCGAGAUUUGGAUCUCCAAUGCUUUCACCUCUCUUCAAUCCCUUAUUGUCACUUACAAUCUUGAUGGCAUUGACAUAGACUACGAGAACUUCCCCAAACGCAAUUCAACUUUCCCAUACUGCAUUGGCCAGCUCAUCUCCCUCUUGAAGAAUCAAAGUGUCAUUUCGGUAGCCACCAUUGCACCCUUUAAUAGUAGAGCCGUGCCUUACAUACAGCUCUGUGAUGGAUAUGGAGAUCUUAUAGACUAUGUCAACUACCAAUUCUACACCGACAAAGUUAGUACACCGAAACGGUACCUUGAAGCUUUUAAGCUCCGAGCCAAGCAGUUCGAUCAAGAGAAGUUGCUGCCUAGCUAUGAAGUUGACGGGAGGGGGAUUCAAGGGGAGGCAUUUUUUGAUGCAUUGAAGCUUUUAGAGAAAAAUGGAAUUGAUGUGAAGGGAGUAAUGAUCUUCUCGGCUGAUGCUUCUUCUGCCAAUGGCUACUACUAUGAGAGGAAAUCGCAAGCUUUCUUGCUUAACUCCACUGGCAUUUGAUGUGUGGUUUGAAAUUAUUUUGUAGCAGAAAUUAAGAUUAAGUCUGUUGUUUCAUUGUUUAUUAUUUGUAACA